AAAAUGCCAAUCAAGUCAUGUUAGUCGGUUAGGAGCGUACCCUCAUCAUCUAAAUUCGCUUCUUGAGAGUGCUGGGAAGUGGUUGUGAGCACGAAGAUGAGAGCUCAAUCCACGCAACGCUCGCCGGAGCAGAUCAAGGAAGAUCUAGAGAAAGAGUUUUUGUCACCACCAACCACUUUCAAUCCUGAGUGGUUGAACAAAUUGCAGCAAAGAUGGGACUAUCAAACCCCGGACUAUACCGACCUUUGCCAGAUGGCUCCAACACAGACACGAACAGUCACCCGCUUCACGCGUGAGGGUCUUGAAGGCAGAGUGACAGGCUACAAACAGGUUACCGUGCCCGCCUCAAGUGCCACAGCAAAGAACUCUACUUCACUUCUUCGACGACCAGCAAACCGAGCCGACUUUGUCCGGGGUGCUGCAGGCUACUUCCCUUUUGCUCCUGGUGGUUUAGAUGGAGUGGAUGCUAUCCAGGCCUACGAGGACAAGACUAUGCUCGACGAGGAAAAUCGCACGGUAAGGAAGAAAUCUGGUGGACUCGACCGCAUCAUCAACUUUGGUGGCGAAAACGGCUUGCUCGAGAUUCCACCAGGAUUCACGAGAGGCAUGAAAUUUGCGGACCGGAAGACCAGCCAAUCUCGAGAAGAUGUCGAAGACGUUGAGGAGACCUUGGAAGAAGACGAAGGUGAUGCUAUCACCCCUCAAGACCGACAGAUGAAUGGAGAGGCAACCCCGCCCCUGACCAAUGGUACAUCGGAGAGUGAGGAGGAAGAUGAAGACACCGACCUGAACGACCUGUUGCCGGUGGAAUUCCCUUCACUCGAGCCGCACAGCGAACUGAUGUCUGCAUCCACAAAGAAGUCAGGAAGAGAAUGGGCUCAUGUGGUCGAUAUAAACAAGGAGAUUCCAAACUUCCACGAGUUGGUCCCGGAUAUGGCUCGGACAUGGCCCUUUGAAUUGGACAUUUUUCAGAAAGAGGCUGUUUAUCAUCUUGAGAAUGGCGACUCGGUUUUCGUGGCGGCACAUACAUCAGCAGGCAAGACGGUGGUUGCCGAGUAUGCUAUCGCACUGGCUGCCAAACAUAUGACCAAGGCAAUCUACACCUCUCCCAUCAAGGCACUCUCCAACCAGAAGUUCCGCGAUUUCAAAACCGUCUUUGAAGAUGUCGGCAUAUUGACUGGUGAUGUCCAGAUCAAUCCUGAGGCUAGUUGCCUCAUCAUGACUACAGAGAUCCUCAGAAGCAUGCUUUAUCGAGGAGCAGACCUCAUUCGAGAUGUAGAGUUUGUCAUUUUCGACGAAGUACACUAUGUCAAUGACCUUGAGCGGGGUGUGGUUUGGGAAGAAGUCAUCAUCAUGUUGCCUGAGCAUGUCACACUCAUCCUCCUUUCGGCUACUGUUCCCAAUACCUAUGAAUUCGCUUCUUGGGUCGGCAGAACCAAGAAGAAGAACAUUUACGUCAUCUCGACACCCAAAAGACCUGUUCCACUAGAACACUAUCUCUGGGCUGGGAAGGAAAUGCACAAGAUUGUCGACUCCGAGAAGCGGUUCCUCCAGAAGGGUUGGAAAGCUGCAAAUGAUAUCUUGUCGGGUCUUGACAAGGUCAAAGAGCAGAAAGCUGUUGAGGCACAAGCACCGUCACGAGGGGGUGCUCCGCAGCGAGGCGGUCGAGGUCAACAACAGCGUGGUGGACCACAACGUGGUGGGUCCAACCAACGUGGCGGCCAAAAUCAGCGUGGUGGCGCUCAGCAACGAGGACAAGUUGCCAAUCGUGGGCACGGCAAUAUUGCACGUACAGGUCGUGGUGGCGGUAGGACAUCUGCUGCUCAGGAUAGAAAUAUUUGGGUUCACCUUGUCCAGCAUUUGCGCAAAGAGAAUCUUCUCCCUGCUUGUAUCUUUGUCUUCUCGAAGAAGAGAUGCGAGGAGAAUGCAGAUUCUCUGUCAAACCAAGACUUCUGCACGGCGACGGAGAAGAGUGCUAUUCACAUGACCAUUGAGAAGUCCAUUGCGAGAUUGAAGCCGGAAGAUCGAAUGCUGCCGCAAAUCAGACGGUUGCGAGAAAUGCUUGGCCGCGGUGUUGCUGUGCAUCAUGGUGGUUUGCUACCCAUCGUCAAGGAGAUUGUAGAGAUAUUGUUUGCGAAGACUCUCGUGAAAGUCCUGUUCGCUACCGAGACUUUUGCUAUGGGCUUGAACCUCCCCACACGAACCGUGGUCUUCUCAGGCUACCGGAAGCACGACGGCCGUGAUUUCCGAAAUUUGCUGCCUGGGGAGUACACCCAGAUGGCCGGACGUGCUGGUCGAAGAGGUCUCGAUACUGUGGGUACAGUCAUCAUCGUUUGUCCGGGCAAGUCGGAAGCUCCCCCUGCUGGGGAAUUGACUCAAAUGAUUACUGGACCGGCCACCAAACUUCGCAGUCAAUUCAGGUUGCAUUACAACAUGAUACUGAACUUAAUGCGAGUUGAGGCGCUGAAAAUCGAAGAAAUGAUCAAACGCAGCUUCUCGGAAAACGCGACCCAGGCUCUACUACCACAGCACGAGAAGCAAGUGGCCCUAUCCCAGGCGAAUUUGGACAAGAUCAAGCGUGAACCCUGCGAUAUCUGUGAUGUUGAUUUGGAAGCGUGUCACGCAGCAGCUAUGAAGUACGAACAGCUGACGAAAGAACUUCACAUUAAUCUAUUGUCGUCUCCGGUUGGUCGUCGUCUCUGGCAAGCCCGCAGAUUGAUAGUCUACAAAAAGGAUGGCAUCCGCAAGGUUGGCGUCAUGCUCGAAGAUGGGCCCCGAGGCGGACCACUACCCCAUCUCAACGUGCUGGAGAUAUCCGACAUCGACCCGCAACGAUCAACAAGCGAUCUACUACCAUACCUUCCCUGUUUCCGCAUAAUGUUCACCCGUCUACCGGACAAGCCUGCUCGAGUAAGGCAUGGAAUUACCCAGGUGUUGUUGGACGACGUGCAAUGCGUUACCCAGACGCUGGUCAAGGUCGAUUUGCGGUCGUUACUAAGCUCACAACUAGUUCAAAAGCAGUUUGCCGAAGAAGAUUUUGUCAACAUCUAUUCGUCGUGGAUAUCACCGGCGUGGGACGAGCAAGCCUGGGACAGAGUGCAUGAUCUGCAUGUUCGAGAACUACUAGCGGAGAGGAGAAAAGUGGGAGACAUCGUGCAGCAUGCGAAGUGCCUUCAGUGUCCGAAUUUUGUGAAGCAUUACGGCAUGCAGCAUGACGAAUGGCUAAUCAAGGAGAAUAUUCAAGCAUUGAAGAUGCUCAUGUCUGAUCAGAAUCUGGCUCUGCUGCCGGAUUACCAGCAGCGGACUGAAGUCCUGAAGGAUCUGGGCUUCAUUGACGAAGAGUCUCGCGUCCUGUUGAAAGGAAAAGUGGCCUGCGAGAUCCACUCGGCUGAUGAAUUGGUGCUCACCGAACUUAUCCUGGAGAAUGUGUUGGCACAGUUCGAGCCGGAGGAGAUCGUUGCUCUGUUGUCUGCAUUCGUCUUCCAGGAGAAGACGGACAGUGAGCCUCAACUCAGCGAGAAUCUCAAGCGUGGCAAAGAAGCAAUCAUUGAAAUCGCGGAAAAGGUCAACAAAUAUCAGAUCUUGCAUCAAGUCAUUCUGUCGUCGGACGAUGCCAAUGAUUUUGAAUCCCGACCGAGAUUUGGGCUUGUGGAGGUCGUCUACGAGUGGGCAAGAGGAAUGUCGUUCAACCGUAUUACCGACCUCACCGAUGUCAUGGAGGGGACGAUUGUGAGAGUCGUCACAAGACUCGAUGAGACUUGUAGAGAAGUGAUGAGUGCGGCAAGACUUAUCGGAGACCCUGGACUGUACCAGAAGAUGGAUAAGGCAAGAGAGCUGAUUCGCAGAGACGUGGUGUUUACGGCGAGUUUGUACAUGUGAGGUCGUGCUGGGCCAGCAAUUACCUAGGCAAGGUUGGAGGCUUCUGUAUGAUGUAUCUAGGACAAGCUUGCCUUUGUAGCUGUGUCAGGACCUCGAUGGCGACAACAUGUCUGAGCAGAGCAGAUCAACAUUGACAGGACUACCAAUUCGCAACGUG